AAGAACGGAAGAUGGCGACCUCAAACAAUCCGCGAAAAUUCAGCGAGAAAAUCGCCCUGCACAAUCAGAAGCAGGCGGAGGAGACAGCGGCGUUUGAGGAGGUCAUGAAAGACCUGAGCAUCACGCGAGCUGCACGGCUGCAGUUACAGAAGACCCAGUAUUUGCAACUAGGCCAGAAUCGAGCUCAGUGCUAUGGAGGGUCACUCCCCAACGUCAAUCAGAUUGGAAAUAGCAACACUGACCUCCCUUUUCAGACGGCAGUAUUGGACACCAAUCGGACGACUCGACAUCAUGGCCUGGUGGACCGUGUGUAUCGUGACCGGAAUCGCAUUGCUUCUCCGCAUCGCAGACCUCUGUCUGUGGACAAGCACGGACGCCAGAUUGACAGCUGCCCCUAUGGCUCAGUAUAUCUGUCACCACCCCCCGACACGAGCUGGAGGAGAGCCAACUCUGACUCAGCUUUACAUCAGAGCGCUGUGAAUCCAGCUCCACAGGACACUUUUGUUGGUGGAUCUCAGGAAUUGCAGUCAAAAGGAGUUAAAACAUUGCUCUUGCUCACUCCUCCUGACACAGAGGACACAGAAACAGAGAUGGAGCAAGAUGAUCCUAAAGCAUCUCUUCACACACCAGAUAUUCCUGGGAUUAACAUAUUUCCAUCUCCUGAUCAAGAAAUGAAUAGCUCUCUGAUGCCAGCGGCUCACAGCACAGGUGGCUCUUUACCGGAUCUGACAAACAUCCAGUUCCCUCCUCCUCUUCCCACUCCACUGGAUCCAGAUGACCCCAUCACCUUCCCCACAUCCAGCUCCAGCAGUACCAGCAACCUGACCACCAACUUGACGCACCUGGGCAUCAGCGCUGCCAGUCACUUUCCUCCCUCUCCUCCCGCCCAGGACACUGGCCCCUCCCCCUCACCCAAUAUUAACCCACAGCAGCCCGCCUCCACCCUCCCACCUACGGUUUCACCUCAGAUACCCAUCGCACAGCCGAUCACGAUGGACAGUCUGUCCCUGGAGCAGCAAUUAUCGCAGUACUCUUUGCUGAGUUUACUGAAUGACUUGCAGAAACAGCCUCACAUGCUCCCUCAUAACAUUCGGCUCAUACGCCUCCCGUCUCUCACUGUAAGCUCCACCCCCAGUACCACCCAGAACUCUCUCGACAGCCAAUCACUGAUGGCAACAAGCGGAACUGCCAACUCAUAUCGCAAUCAGACGGGCUCUUCAACCAAUCAAUCACCGACAUCUCCAGUGUCCAAUCAAGGCUUCUCACCCGGAGGCUCACCGCAACACAUUCCAGUGGUUGGCAGUAUUUUUGGAGACUCAUUCUAUGAACAGCAGCUUCCAUCCAAGCAGACCAAUGCUCUCUCCAACCAGCUGGAGCAGUUCACUAUGAAUAUGAUGGAGAAUCCAGGCAGCUCCAGUCACUGUUCAACACUGAACUACACACAGGCAGCCAUGAUGGGUUUAACCGGAAGCCACAGCCAGCAGGACUCACAGCAGCUCAGCUACAGUAGCCAUGGCAACAUUCCCAACAUCAUUCUCACAGUGACCGGGGAAUCUCCACCCAGUCUCUCCAAGGACCUCACAAGCUCAUUGGCAAGUGUCGGUGAUGUCAGCUUUGAUGCAGACUCUCAAUUCCCAUUGGAUGAGUUAAAGAUCGACCCUUUGACACUGGACGGACUGCACAUGCUUAACGACCCGGACAUGGUUCUUGCUGACCCAGCCACUGAGGACACAUUCCGCAUGGACCGACUGUGAACCCGUGAAUGCAAUUUUAAGCGAGACGUUCAGCUGCAUGGCCUCUCUGUUCACCAUCUGGUCAGUGCCCCCCUCUCCCCCCGCACCCCCCACAGCAUGCUGGCAAACUGCUUAUGGCUGGAGGCCGGGAGUGGCGGCCUGGCGGGGGGGGUUUGCGGGGGGGUGGAGGUAGAAAUGCUGUAUCCACACUGGAUAGUUUCCAAUGUGCAAUACCGUCCUCCAUCCAUCAUCCACUCUUUUCAUGCAAUCAUGUUUUGUUUUGCAUGUUGUUGUCUUGGUUUGUCACUAACUGUAUUUUUUUGUUGGUCUUGCCACGUGAUAUGUUUUCAUUUCUUUCUUUUUUUUUUUUUUUGUAUUCUAGUUGAAUGUUGUUUAUCCUUUUGACUCUGGAGGCACAUUACUUUCAUUUUAUACCAUUUGGGCUUUCUGUCUUUUGUGAUAGUUUAUUAAUUAAUGUUUGCUUCAGUAUGUAAAAUUUUUUUGGUCAUGUUAAGUGA